CAGCGUAUUCUUAGUAGAGCGGAGCGCAUCCGGCGCGAUGCUGGUGUGCGGUGUUUUCCGUACUGUGUUAUCGGUUUCUUUCGGCGCAAUCGUACAAAUCCUAAUAUUUCUACAAGAAAAUUCAAACAUCCUGAGAGUACAAGCUUCCCUUCCACCGGGAGCUGAGGACGAGAUUAUAUUAAUCGAACACCUGCCUGGACGAAGGGUUCAUCUUCAAGACUUCUUCUGGACCGACGCUAAAGAUGCUCCACCAUGGGUGGAUCCUAAUCAAGGAUUGACCUUUUAUGAAACUAGAACAAUUCAUCAUACGGUAACCCUUUACUCACCUGUCGAAGAUAAAGAUAAUCAUGAACCAAUAUCCCCGCAUCGAACUGACUCUUACGACCCAAAGUGUACUUCCUGUAUCGAACCAACCCCUACAUUCGACGAGGACGAGGAUCAAAAUAUCGGUGUUCUUAUCGGAGAUGAUCCUGGGCCUAGGUACUGGUUGCUGACAGUUUUACGAGCUGGUGAAACUGUACCGCCUAAGAUCGAAUUGAGAUUAGCACGUUUAUAUAGAACCGCGUUCUCGAGACAACAGCAACGUCACUUAGGUCUUUUGCAAACAGAUCCAAGACUUCGAAGGGUGGCAAGAGAUCAAACACUUGUUGAAAAAAAGCCAGACGUUGCCCAUAGCCAGAAAGAAAUGAUCGAGAAAACUAAAUUAACAGCUCGAACAGAUUCAGAAUUCCAAAUAUCCAAGUUCAGAAAUACACUUCUACCAAAACCUGACAUCAGUAAUAUCGAGAAUCACAAAGAUCAUACUUCAGUGGACGAUUACUUAAAAACGUCGAGUCUCAUUCAAGAAGAAGUAUUAAAUGAAAAUGUGUCUACAACUACACCAGUGGAUUUCAACGAAAGUACUACCGAGUAUAUAGAUGUAUCCUCUAAUUCAUCUUCUUCGUCACCAUUUUCCUUGAGUAAUCAUUCCAAACAGCAGAUAUUAAACAAUAUUAGUACAGAGGAGACAAACGUGAAUAAACGUUCCGAGUUCCGUUUGUUGGAUCAUCCUGGAGACCAAACCGUUCAAGUUAGAAUGCAAAAUACAAGCGUGACCGAAAGUGGUGCUACCAAGUUGAUCUAUUCUGUUCACUUAGGUGGCAAACCUGUGCCUGCUGAAACAGCAGCCAGAGAUAUGGCUCUGUUAUCACCUCAGGAAGUCGCACUGGAGCUUGGUGCACCAGUUAUUAUUCAAACUUAUUUGAAAGAAACUCAACCACUGGCUCUUUCGAGAAGAAGGGACGCCUGGUUGUUAAUUGGUGCAGCAAGUGCAGGUUUUAUUCUCUUAGCCUUGAUUGUUGCGGGAUUAAUUUUUGCGGCAAAAAGGAAAAGAGCGCAUAGCGCGGUAGCUGCGCCACCGACUCAUCAUCUCCUGAAGAAGAAACGGGAUUACAUACAAGCCACUGCCGAUCUUGACAAUGCUUUCUCGACAUCAGAAGUAGAAGCCAAAACUGACGGUACCAGUCACAGACAGACUCCUGGCAGUUUAUCGAGGACUCCGGUGUCUCUUGAAAGUCCUGACAGUCUAGAUGCAAGUAUACACGAGGUUUCAAGCGACAACGACGAGGAACAGAAAAGAAAGGCGCGUGAACCAAGCCCAUGGGAACAUCCUCCGAAGAGAUCGAGAUUAGCUCAUGGGAGAAUGUCUGAAACAAAUGUUAUGGAUACGCCUAGGACUUCCGAUUCAACAGAUGUGAUUGCCGAUCACUUAGAAACUUUUGAUUCUUUGGAAAACAAUUAUAGCAGGCAAGACGAAGAAGCCACUGCUUCGCCGCAUUCUUACCUUUCCAUGCCCUCUUGCAAACAGUUCCCCAGCAUGAAAAGCGUCGAGCCACUUUCCAGAGUUCUUGAACCAGUUAUGGUGAAACAUUUGGACAUAGAUUCUCCAGAACUGGCGAGACGGGAUAACGAUUACGCGAAUGUUUUCAGAGGAGAUGAACCAAUUGAUAGAAUUUUUGCGCGAACUUCAAGUGCGAUCAGAGAUCCUGGAGUUGUGGGUCCUAUUGUUUGGAAUCUUCGUAGACAGCACAUGUCCACAGAAGGUAAUGGUACAUCUGGAACCGAUGUUGAUCCAACGUAUGUAGCACCAUCUGGUCCUGUAGGAAGAGCAAGAAGAAGGCUUCACGAGCUGCUAGAGGAUUCCUUCAGUCUUUUUGGAAGUAGAGAUCCAAAGAAUGAACAGUCGAGCGUAACUCGAUCAACUUCUGCGAUACAUGCUCCAGAUGUCCUUACAAUUUUUUCAGAGACCAAAGGAAGAUCUAUCUAUAUCAGUCCUACGACAACACCGGUAACCGAAAUCAAGCCAAGACCCCGUACUUCAUUACCGGGAAAAUCUGUUGAGGAAAGUGUUAAUGAACAUUGUAAACCACCUCAGUCUCGUAGCGGUUGGGGGAGCAGACCAUUGAGUGCUGGUCCGUUUCAUAGACCUAAUUUACCAGACAUAGACACAAGACGUAUACUUACUGACUGCCAACUUCCGCCAGAGGAUCCGGCAGUACCAUUGAUAGCCUCGAUUAAAAAAGAAUUGGACAAAUUCUCUCCACGAUAAAUGAUCACGUUGGAUGAGUUGGAUCAACUUCUAAAAGCAAACGUCCACCAGGCUUCAAAGCUGUAGCACUGUAUUUCAACAGGGGUUUAAUGAUUUUUAAACCAUCCUCUCCUCCAUCAAGUGCUGGCAAGUCUUCAAAACUAAAGCGUAAAAUUAAAUAAUGAAAGAUUACUAUUUGCGAGAUUUAAACGGAAAUUAUGAUUGAUUUACAUUUUAAUCUCGGGAGGUAAGGUAGGUAUCUGCUUAGUCGACACGUAUGGGGGAUUGCUGACGAUAAAAUCAAAAGUUUUCGAAUUUAAAUCAAGAUCUUUCGGGCCACUUAAUACAUUUGAAAGAUCAAUCGUUCCAUUCUCUUGUAGUGUCGCAUGCAUAAUUGCAACUUGUUUUUCUAACCCUAAUCUGUCUCGAUUUUCUUUAGUUAGUUCGCAAGCAUCUGGAUUCGAAUCGAUCGCUAUACAAUUUGCCUAAAACAUAACAUUAUUAUUUUAAAUUAAAAUAUAGCGCAUGUUCCAUUAACAUUAUGAUAAUUACUGUUUUAUUAGUAUGCGCAAUGGAAAGAGAUAUCGGUCCAGAACCGCAUCCAACUUCUAAAAUUUCAUGGUUUUUAUUUUGAGAAGAAUUUAAUGCCUUUAAAACAUAAUGAACUAACAUUUCAGUUUCCGGCCGUGGAAUAAAAACUGGUGGAACUAAUUUUAGAGUAAUAUCUCGAAAAUCCCAUUCUCCUAUUAUAUACUGCACUGGCAUUCUGUGGAGAAUAUAAAAAGGAGUAACAAACAUAGUUAUUUAAGGAUUUGAUGAAAACGUUUUUACCUAGAUAAUCGACAUUCGCACAGUGAUUCCAAUUUAUCAUAUUCCUUCGAAGUAAGUCGUUUAUUUCGCGUGUUAACGAGAUCUAAUAUCUGAAAAUAAAUUUCCACUGAGAUCUUAUUACUUUCCUUUAUAAUAAAUAAUCACAACGAGGUCAAUAAAGCAAGUAUCUUGAAAAGUGCAAAGGCCGGCUGAUGAUCGCAAUAGCCGGUUAAUAAAGAACAAAACAAAAUAAAAUAAUAAAAGUAUGUAAUGAAU